AUUAGUUCUUUUUACAGAGCCGUUUUUCACUAGUUGCAAGGUAACUGCUGACAGGAUUCCCCUCUCUCUCGAAAUCAAGAAAAUUAUUUGCCUCAAAAGGUUGGUUAGACUGAAAUAAGACUAAUUCAACUGACAGUCGAUCAUGACUCGAUCUGUAAAACGGGUGAUCUCCACCUCGCUAGGAAUCCUGGGAUGGCAUGGGGUAUUGUUAUUUCUUCUCAUCAUUUCACUGUUCAAGAUUUUCCAUUGGGAACACGAAAGGCCCUUCGAACAGGAAAUCGCAGCGUGCCCAUGUACCCUGGGUGCCAUCUACAGCACUAUCAUGUUUCUUCUCCCAUCCUUGGCUGCCUACAUGAUUGCAUGUUUUGCUUAUUUCCGUCAAGACGACGGUAGCGUUCCUUGGUCUGCUUUGAAAAAAUUCUACGAAAUGGUACGUUCCUGUGAUUUCUUAGAAGAGUCCACCGAUUUUGAUUUCCAUGUGGAGGUCUGCAAUUUCUGCCACCAAGUCGAGCGUGAUUGGGCACUUGUGAAAAUUGCAGUUUCGGCAGUGCUUUCGUCGCUGUAUCCUCUUGUAUGGAUCACCCUCAGUCUUCUUCAAGCUCAUUACUAUGUCUGUGCUCAAGUCGGUCCCUCACCAAUAAUUGUCACUAGUUUCUGCAAUGUAACAAUUGGGGAAGAUUAUUCUAAAGAGUACGCCUUGGCAGGGAUUCGCUCGAAAGUCAUCGGAGGAAUUUUGUUUGCCUGCAUGCUGUUUUUUGCUGGGUUGUUUGUAAUCCUCCAUGGCGAGAUAGAAAACUAUUUGAAAAAGAUUGAAAAGUCCUCAGACGAUGACGAGAGUACUGGUAAACUUGCAGUUUGUGUCACUGUCUUGCCAGACCAUUCACAUGGGGCAACAGAUGUAUCAGGAGCAGCAACUUCCUGCCGCAGCAGUGCACCGAACAUCCCAAGUGGCCCAGGAGCUCCUGGAUUCAAAUGUCAGUCCACUAUCAAACAAGAUCCAAGUGAUAAAGCAAAGGGAAUUCAAAUCCAUUUGACCGAUAAACUUGUCUCUGCCCUCCAAGGGAGUUUUCGAAAUGGCGGAUGGGAAGGUGUUGAUAUCCGCUGUUCACAUCAGGAAGAACAGAGGAACCUGCUAGGAUGUUUUCCAUUUCGCUCGCCAUCUCGAACCAAACUACUUUCGGACGCUCAGAGGAAGCAUGAGUACGAAUCACUGCGUGAAGUAGUAGAUAAAACUACUCGAGGUUAAAAGAACGUUUUUCAUCGACGUUCUGAACGCUCGUUUAGACGUAGAAGUUAAGGAAAAUAACGCAAGUUUUCUCGUAACCAAAACUAUCGACUGAUUGAAGGGGAUCAUUCGCGAAAGUUUAACAUUCUAUGACAUCCCUGUCUCCCUGACCUGAGUGGGUGUGCUAGGGUUCAUAUGAUGAAAAUGGCAUAUUACAACCGCCGAUUCCACACAUGCGUAAUAAAGUUAGGAAAGGAAAGAGGAACCUAUUAAGUUAAUGGUCAGCUACAAACAGUCCCAUACUUUAAUUUUUGGGGUUGGUGCAUACCGCCCGAGUUUUCCUUCAAGAUCAAGAGUAUCACAGAGAUGCUGAAAUUUUUUGGGAUGGUUUUAGUUACAAUACAUACCAGUUUUAACCGUUUCAGCGCUACUUUAGUGUUUUAAUAAUCAAGAAUGGCUCUAAACUGUACGUACAGGUUGUUUUUUUGCUUUGCGAAAAGAUAAAUCUUGAAAAAUCGGGAGCAUUUUAAUUAUCUAAAAAAAAUGGGAUUUAUGAACUCGUUUUGAGUCACAGGAAAAUAAAGCCGAAGGGUGUUUCUUAGAGACUGUACCGUUGUUAUAGUAACCUUAAUGUCGAUUUUCUGAGUCUCUUCUUUAUCUUAAUCGAGUUCUUAGGCCGUGAAUUUUGCUUUAGAUAGAUAUCUAAGAAGCUCUGCUUUCCUUCCUAAAAUAAUCUGUCGAUGUUAGUAAUGAUAAAAAAGACACCUCGUAGAAGUUAGCAACCGUUGUUGUAACAUAUUUACUUCAAUCUCAUCUGCAAUUUCCACAUGAAUGUCAACAAAGGAAAUGUCGCGUAUUAGAAGUAGUUCUGCAA